AGGAUGGCACUAAGGAACACAACCCUGCUCUUUGGUGGAUAGAUGGUCAUGGAAAAGAGGUCAAAUGGAGCUUUGAAAGAACUGGGCUUCUACUCUAGAAAAGUAGCUAACAUUCUUUCUGAAGCCUGUGACCUGAAACCAGGAGACAGAGUUAUUGUCAUUUUGCCCCGGUUACCAGAAUGGUGGCUGUUUAAUGUUGCAUGUUUAAGAGCUGCUCUGAUUUUAAUUCCUGGGACAACACAACUUACAGCAAAAGACAUUCUACACAGACUACAGACAUCAGAUGCAAAGUGCAUUAUAGCUCAUGAUGCCUUGGCACCAGUUAUAGACAGUAUUGCAGCACAAGCUCCAUGCUUGAAAAACAAAAUGGUGGUAUCUGGAAGUCCAAGAGGAGGGGUGGCUGAAUUUCCA